UCAUCACCAAAGUCGCCGAGUCUCCAGAAAUACGGGAGAAUGCGGGGAUGAAGCUUAAGACAAUCCUUGGGGGAAAAGACGGCGUACUGGUAUUCCGCGUCUUUCGAAACCAUGUCCACGCGAACAGAGGUAUUGGCCAGAUUCAGAGAAAUCGUCGCAACUAGCGGAUGGGACGCUACAUGGAAAGCACAGUUGAUGCCAUGGGAAUCGUUUAAUGGAAUGGAGAUACAACCUCCUCUGCGGGAAGUUAUCGAAUCAGAUCGGGUGAAAUGGCCACGACAGGGUCAAGCGCUCGUCCCAGGCUGUGGAAGAGGUAACGACGCAAGAUUCAUCGCGACCAGUCUAGGAUUGAAAGUGAUUGGCAUCGACAUAUCUCCUACGGCUGUCGAAGCAGCCCAGCAAGAGACUCCCCACGAGAACGUGUCGUUCCGUGUCGGGGACUUUUUCGCAUCAACAGAUGAGCAGUUCGACUUGGUGUACGAUUACACUUUUUUCGUAGCCCUGCCCCCGUCGAUGCGCCCAGAUUGGGGAAGACAGAUGACCAAGCUCGUCAAGACUGGCGGAUUUUUGAUUACCUUGGUAUUCCCAAUCGAUCCGCAGGUGGACCAUGGGCCACCUUUUUUCGUGCGGCCAAACCAUUACGAAGAAGUUCUGGGAUCUGCAUGGGAGAAAGUUAUUGAUGAAGUGCCUACUGAGUCUUCGCCUACUCACGUAAAUCGGGAGAGGAUGAUAGUUUGGAAGCGCCUCUGAAGUCGUGAGAGAUAUGUCGAGAAGCCGCGAACAUGGUUGGCCAUACUCUAUCUUGCAGUGGUAGAAUUCUUUUACUUAAAUGUUAAGCUACGCCAUAAGGUGUCUUUUGAGCAAUAUUAUUGAGCUUGUGAAGUCCCAA